AUGGAUGUCAAAGGCAAUACUCAUGAGAACUCAGAAGAAAGAGAAGAGAGUUGCAGUAGCAGAGAUGGCACAGAGGAGAUCACGACAAUGUCAGUACAGGUGGAUGAAAAGAUUGUGCUUUCCUGCCCUUGCGUCCCACCGACAGUGGACUUCAUCAUGGUAACUUGGAAGAUAACCCUCAGAAACCAAACUAACUGCCUGAAAGCCUACAGGAGAGAUAGAAAUGAGACAGCAGAUACCAACUGUACUGAUAUGGGAGUAACCUGGGCCACCAGACCUGACCAGAAUCCUGCCCUUCUGAUUGACCCAGUGACCAUCAUGCAUGAGGGGACUUACAGCUGUGAAGUGGUAAUAACUAAAGGGAAUUUCCAACAUGACUAUCACCUUCAUGUGUCUGUGCCCCUUGAGGUGAGCAUAUUUAAAAAAGAUACUAGAACUGUGGUGUGCAAGGCAGUUUCAGGGAAGCCAGCUGCAUGGAUCUCUUGGACCCCAGAGGGGAAGUGUGUCACUGAGCAAGGAAAUCAGAGGAAUAGUACCGUGUUUGUCCAGAGCGCAUGCUACUGGGAGGAGGACAAUGUGUCUACUGUGAACUGCUCUGUCUUCCACUGGACUGGAAACAAGAGUCUGUCCUUAGAACUAAACUCAGGUAAAAGAAGAUUAGAAAUACAUACUAUUCUGUAUAUCACUCUUCCUAUUUGUGCUGUCUUUAUCAUUUUGAUCAUCUGUUUUUUGAAAACCAUUGGCUGCAGAAAAUGCAAACUGACAAAAACAGAAACUAUUCGAGAUGUAGAGGAGGAUGAAAUGCAGCCCUAUGCCAGUUAUACAGUGAAGAGCAACCCACUCUAUGAUACUACAAACAAGGUGAAGACAAAUGCAAGCAGCAGUGAUGGAUCUCCAUAUCUUAUGAGUUAUCAACAUCUAGGACCAGGACAAAUAAAUCAAGAGACAGUAUAA